CGAAAUCCGUGAUGAUCAUACCUUGAAAAUACGGAAAGUCAUGGCAGGAGAUAUGGGCUCAUAUACUUGUGUUGCAGAGAAUAUGGUUGGAAAAGCUGAAGCCUCAGCAACUCUAACAGUUCAAGUUGUGUCUGAGCCUCCACAGUUUGUUGUAAAGCCCCGUGAUCAGGUAGCUGCACUGGGAAGAACAGUGACUUUCCAGUGUGAAGCAACCGGAAACCCUCAGCCAGCCAUCUUCUGGCGGAGAGAGGGAAGUCAGAAUCUGCUUUUCUCAUACCAACCCCCUCAGUCAUCCAGCCGUUUUUCAGUUUCCCAGACAGGUGACCUCACUAUCACCAACGUCCAGAGAUCUGAUGUUGGGUACUAUAUCUGCCAGACUCUAAAUGUUGCAGGAAGUAUCAUAACAAAAGCCUACUUGGAAGUUACUGAUGUGAUCGCAGACCGGCCUCCCCCUGUCAUUCGACAGGGUCCUGUGAAUCAGACUGUAGCUGUGGAUGGUACGUUAGUGCUGAACUGUGUAGCCACGGGCACUUUAAUGCCCACUAUCCUCUGGAAGAAAGAUGGGGCUCUGAUGUCUACCCAGGACUCACGCAUCAAGCAGCUAGAGACAGGAGCGUUACAGAUCCGAUACGCCAAGCUGGGUGACACCGGUCGGUACACCUGCAUUGCCUCAACCCCAAGUGGCGAAGCUACGUGGAGCGCUUACAUAGAGGUCCAAGAAUUUGGAGUCCCAGUGCAACCACCGAGACCCACUGACCCAAACUUGAUUCCUAGUGCUCCAUCAAAACCUGAGGUUACAGAUGUCAGCAGAAAUACUGUAACAUUGUCAUGGCAACCUAAUUUGAAUUCAGGUGCAACUCCAACCUCUUACAUAAUUGAGGCCUUCAGCCAUGCGUCUGGUAGCAGCUGGCAAACUGUAGCUGAAAAUGUGAAAACAGAGAGUUUUGCAGUUAAAGGCCUAAAACCUAGUGCAAUUUAUCUAUUCCUUGUGAGAGCAGCUAAUGCCUAUGGACUUAGUGACCCUAGCCAAAUAUCUGAUCCAGUGAAAACUCAAGAUAUUCCACCAACAAGUCAAGGUGUGGAUCACAAGCAGGUCCAGAGAGAACUAGGGGAUGUGGUACUGCAUCUGCACAAUCCUACUAUUCUUUCUUCAUCCUCAAUUGAAGUUCAUUGGACUGUGGACCAGCAAUCGCAGUAUAUUCAAGGAUAUAAAAUUCUGUACCGGCCUACACCAGCAUCCUAUGGAGAAUCAGAAUGGCUAAUUUUUGAAGUGAAGACUCCAACCAAAAACAGCGCUAUCAUUCCAGAGCUGAAGAAAGGUGUUAACUAUGAAAUCAAGGCCCGCCCUUUUUUCAACGAGUUUCAAGGAGCAGACAGUGAAGUGAAAUUUGCCAAAACCCUCGAAGAAGCUCCUAGUGCUCCCCCGCAAAGUGUUUCAGUUACUAAAAAUGACGGGAACGGGACUGCGAUUGUGGUCACCUGGCAGCCGCCCCCGGAGGAUAACCGCAACGGGAUGGUUCAGGAAUACAAGGUCUGGUGCCUUGGCAAUGAAAGUCGAUACCAUAUAAACAGGACAGUGGAUGGCACCACCUUUUCCGUGGUCAUCCCCUCCCUAGUUCCUGGCAUUCGAUACAGCGUGGAAGUGGCAGCAAGUACCGGGGCAGGACCUGGAGUGAAAAGCGAUCCACAGUUUAUCCAAUUAGAUUCUCAUGGAAACCCCGUGUCUUCAGAAGAUCAAGUCAGUUUAGCCCAGCAGAUUUCUGAUGUAGUAAAACAGCCCGCCUUUAUAGCAGGAAUUGGUGCAGCCUGUUGGAUUAUCCUUAUGGUCUUCAGCAUCUGGCUUUACCGGCACAGGAAGAAGCGAAAUGGACUCACUAGUACUUAUGCGGGUAUCAGAAAAGUCACCUAUCAGAGAGGAGGAGAUGCCGUAAGCAGUGGAGGCAGGCCAGGACUCCUAAACAUCAGUGAACCAGCCACUCAGCCCUGGCUAGCAGAUACCUGGCCUAACACGGGGAACAACCACAACGACUGCUCCAUCAACUGCUGCACCUCCAGCAACGGGAACAGCGACAGCAACCUCACAACAUACAGUCGACCAGCCGAUUGUAUAGCAAAUUACAACAAUCAGCUGGACAACAAGCAAACAAACCUGAUGUUGCCUGAGUCAACUGUAUAUGGUGACGUGGACCUAAGCAACAAAAUCAAUGAGAUGAAAACCUUCAAUAGUCCAAAUCUAAAGGACGGAAGAUUUGUCAGCCAGCCUGGGCAACCCACUCCUUAUGCCACCACUCAGCUCAUCCAGUCAAAUAUCAGCAAUAAUGUUAACAAUGGCAGCGGGGAUACGAAUGAGAAACACUGGAAACCCUCUGUUCAGCAAAAGCAAGAGGUUGCACCCAUACAGUACAACAUUAUGGAGCAAAACAAAUUAAACAAAGAUUACCGGGUAAACGACAACAUUGCUCCAACUAUUCCAUACAACCAGGCAUAUGACCAGAAUACAGGUGGAUCCUACAACAGCUCGGAUCGAGGCAGUAGUACAUCUGGGAGUCAAGGGCACAAGAAGGGUACUCGUACUCCAAAGGCUCCCAAGCAAGCUGGCAUGAACUGGGCAGAUCUCCUUCCACCCCCUCCUGCACAUCCCCCUCCCCAUAGCAAUAGUGAAGAUUACAGUCUUUCAGUGGAUGAAAGCUAUGAGCAAGAAAUCCCUUGUCCCGUCCCACCUGCAAGGAUGUAUCUGCAGCAGGAUGAGCUAGAGGAAGAGGAAGAAGAUGAGCGAGGUCCAACUCCACCCGUUCGAGGAGCAGCUUCCUCUCCAGCCGCUGUCUCCUAUAGCCACCAGUCAACUGCCACCCUCACCCCCUCUCCCCAGGAAGAACUGCAGCCCAUGUUACAGGACUGUCAGGAGGAGCUGGGACACAUCCAACACCAACCCGACCGGAGACGUCAACCUGUGAGUCCUCCACCCCCUCCAAGGCCUAUAUCUCCACCACAUACCUAUGGAUAUAUCUCGGGCCCGUUGGUCUCUGAUAUGGAUACCGACGCACCGGAGGAGGAAGAAGAUGAAGCAGAUAUAGAGGUUGCCAAGAUGCAGAACAGAAGACUCCUUUUGCGUGGCCUUGAGCAGACACCUGCCUCAAGCGUUGGGGAUUUGGAGAGCUCUGUGACAGGGUCCAUGAUCAAUGGUUGGGGUUCAGCCUCUGAAGAAGACAACAUCUCAAGUGGACGGUCCAGUGUGAGCUCCUCAGAUGGAUCAUUUUUUACUGAUGCAGAUUUUGCACAGGCUGUCGCAGCAGCCGCAGAGUACGCUGGCCUUAAAGUAGCCAGACGUCAAAUGCAGGACGCUGCAGGAGGCCGAAGACAUUUUCAUGCAUCACACUGUCCUAGACCCACCAGCCCUGUGUCUACUGACAGCAACAUGAGUGCUGUUGUAAUACAGAAGGUCCGACCUGCCAAAAAGCAAAAACACCAGCCAGGACAUCUGCGCAGAGAAGUCUACACAGAUGACUUGCCACCCCCUCCCGUGCCACCUCCAGCUAUAAAAUCACCAACCGGCCCAUCCAAGUCGCAGCUGGAGGUGCGGCCGGUCCUGUUGCCAAAACUCGCUUCGAUAGAGCCGAGGACGGACAGAUCGGCAGAACGAAAGGGAGCGAGCUACAAGGGGCGGGAAGGGGCGGAGGGGAGGCAGCACUCGGAUGUGCGGACAAAUUCGGGAGAGCGGAGAGAAACACAGGACCAGCAAAGCGACGGGAAGCUGCGAGGAAAUAAAGCACCAAAACGAGAAGGCACACCAGCAAAAACUCAUCUUCUUCAAGAGGACAUCCUGCCAUAUUCUAGACCAACGUUUCCAACAUCAAAUAAUCCCAGAGAUCCCAGUUCUUCCAGCUCUAUGUCAUCAAGAGGAUCAGGAGGUAGACAGAGAGCAGAUCAAGCAAACAUAGCUCGGAGGAAUGUUGCAGAAAUGCAAGUACUGGGAGCAUAUGAACAAGGAGAAGAAGAAGAAGAAGAGCUGGAGGAAACAGAAAGCUGAAGACGACAUGAGAAGUACUGUAACAGGCUUUUAAAAUCUAAUCAGAAAAAAUAUCACUUAAGAUGCCUCAAGUCUGAUGAUAUUUGACGCCAGAAAUAAUCUUCAGUGCAAUCAGAGUGUACAAUUUUUCCUUUUUUUUUCUUUCUGCCAUCAGAAUGCUAGUUUUUAUUUUACUAUUUCUUUGUAAACCCUCCUCCUUAGGAACAGCCCUUGCCUCUCCCGUAGCGCUCAGUGCAUCACCGUCACUGCCCAAGAAGGCAGGUAAGCUGCUCUUCGUGGUGCUUAAGCCGGCUGCUGCUUCAGGAUUAGAACAGGAGGGGUUUGCAAAAGCUGGAACCCCUACAUUUUGCCCCUCAAAAGCAGUGUGCAGUGCACUGCUCAUACACUAAAGAGC